CGCUAUUUCCAAACAGGCAUGUAAUGUCCUUGUUAAAGAGUGAGAAUCAAAUAUUUGGAUCAAUAAGCAUGACUCUAAAACAAUUUGAUUAGGAUUUAAUAGGUUUACAGUAUAAUAUCGUAGGGUUGCAAAACAACUUGCAGCACUUGAAUUCCAGUUGGAAUCUACGCUCUAAUGGCGAGGCGAUCAUCUUCUCCGAUCAUCUCCCCCAUCUUCUCCGUAUUCUUCCCCCGAGGCGAUACUCGCUUAUACCUCAUCGCCGCCGUCUCAGUCGUCUCCCUCCUCCUCCACCACCUCUCACUCGCAUCCGCGUCACAGCACCGCCACUUCGAGGGCUUCGACGCCGACGAAGCUGACGAGUUUCUCGAUCCGAACGAGGAUUCCUUAUCCGACCUCGAUCUCCCUCCUCCACCUACCACCACCACACUCUCCGUCUCUGACCCUAUCGAAUCUCACCAUGGUCCUCCCGUGUCAGAGCCGCACAUCGUUGCCCCGUCCGAUCAGAAACCUUCAUCAGCAUCUUUUGAUUACUGGGAUGAGGAUGAGUUCGAAGGGAUUCCGCAGCACGUGCACUUUGAAUCGCUUACUGAAACUGUUGGUGAUUCAGAAUCAGAUCCGAAUUCGAAUGCCAGCUCUGGAUCUGAGUCUCCUCCUACAAUAGAAUCCAAGUCGCCGUCGUCGUAUACAGUGGAGAUUGUGUGCGUAUCGUUUUUAAUCGUGUUCGUCAUUAACUAUUUCGCCGGGAAGAGAGAAAAUGAGAACAUUGCACUUGCCUGGGCAACAAAAUUUGCAACCAAGGACUCGAUAUUCGAGAAAAAUUUCAGUUUAUUGGGUGUUGGAGAGACAGAUGACUCUCCGCUAUUGCUGAAAGAAGGGCAGAAUGUGUUCAAGUUCUACGCGAGUGGGAGGAGAUAUUGCCAGGGACUGCUAGCUACUAUGGAGCUCAAGAGCAGGCACGAUCUGAUCUCCAAGCUGUAUAACAUGGUGGUUCCAUGCAAAGAUGAGAUAACAUUCGAGGUGUAUAUGAAUGAUGAUGCCAUGGAUCAUGUGGUGUUUGCUGUGGCAAGGAAGAAAUUGGCCAAAACAAUGCAGAAGGAGGUGAGGGAUCUACAGAGAUAUGCUGGAGUGGUGGCGCCACCUGCUGGUGGUGGGAGGAAAUGGGUGGCCGAUGAGUUGGUUGUGGUUUCAGAGUCAAAGGAGGUGGCCGGGGAUUUGAUCACUGAAGUCGUUCUUGAACAGGUAUUUGGUGAAAAGGCAUUGGAGAAAUUCAGGGAGGGAUUCAUCUCAAUGCACUUCUCAGAUCAGCACAUAGGCUCUCACAAGAAGAUGUUGGUUUUCAAGUUUGCACUUCCCAAGGCUAAUGACAUGGCUGAUAUGACCCGACUGAUUGCUCUUGUACCCUAUUACAUUGAUUUAAUCGGGAAAUACAAGCUCAGCUCACACGCUCGUUCCAAAGCAGAAGUAGCACGGCUUAAGGUUGCACAAGAGUUCUACAAGGAACUGCAGAAUGCAAGGCAAGAAGCUUUGCAGAGGAAGAAGGCAGAGCAGAGGAAGAAGUUGGAAGAGGCAGAAGCUAAGCUAAGUGCAGAGGCUAUUCGCAAGAAAGAGGCUAAAGACCGUGCCCGUCAAUUGAAGAAGGGCAUGCCUAAGAUGAAGAUGACCCGUGCUCAUUAGUUGGAUCAUUUUGGGCACCUCGAUUCAUGUGACAUUGGUGUUCAGUGUCAUAGCAUGACAUGAACCGACCCUCUUUUUGGGAGUUGGUAGUGUUUUGUUGUUCUCUCUCACACUCUAAGCCAACUCUCUCAUCAUAGUCUCUCUCUAUGUGCGCUCAUACAUUUCACGGUCAUUCUUUACCGCUUAGUUGUCUGUGGAAGGCAGUCUUGGGACAACAUUGUUGAAGAGACAUGUGGACUAAUGUAUAAUGUGUUUUGUUGCUCCCACUAAGUUCUAUCUAUCCUAGGAAAGAUAUUUCAAAUAUAGAGAGGUAUGUGCAAGCAGUUGGGGAAUGUGUGUUUGGAUUAAAGCUUAAGAGGGUGUUUGAGAGUCUUUGAAAAGAGCUUUUGAACUUCGACUUUAUUGAAACACAAUUUUAAGUGCUUUCCAAUCAGCUUUAGAUUAUGGAUUGUGGUUUUAGAAGUGUAAAUAGUGAUCUAGAAGUGAUUUUCACCAAAGCUCGGAAUAAUUGCUUUCUACUUCU